AUGGGCCUCGUCGACGCUAGCCAUGUCUUUCUCCUCUUGCUAGUCGCCACCUUAUCCAUCUUCUUGGUGCGCAAUCGUUUGCUACCAGGUCCAGCGCGCAUCGAGGGGAAGCCAGCGAAAUAUGACAAGACGUUCCGUGUCCGCGGUGUUCCUCGCGAGUGGGAUCUCGCCCGUUUGCGGUCCUUCCUCCAGGAACGCGAUUCACACCUGACUGUCAAAUCACUCGCACGAGAGAUCCAUGGCCGUUCGUCGUCGGGCACCGUUACCUGCCGAGAUACCCCUGCCGUACUUUUGAUACCCCUGGAUCUGACCAACUCUUCGGGGGCGCGCCUCCAAGUCCUCACGCUGGACGACGACUUUGUCGGCAUGACGACACUCUUCGCACCGCCCGACAAGGACCACAGAAUCGAUGUCGUUGCUAUAUCGGGCCUCGGGGGCCACGCGUUUGGCUCUUUCAAAGAGAGAGGCGGGGAGCAUAUGUGGCUGCGAGACGCCCUGCCGUACGAUCUCAAGAGCGAGGCUACCGAGGGGCAUAUGGCGCGCGUGAUGACAUGUGGGUACGGGUCGGCGGUUGCGGAGAGCCAAAACACCGAUAACCUGGAAGACUUGGCAACGGCAUUCCACAACAGCCUCCUUCCGUUGGCCUCUUCUGCGCAAAGAAAGCCUAUUAUCUUCAUUGCCCACAGCCUGGGAGGACUGAUCUUGAAACAGAUGCUCAUUACUCUGGCAAAGUCGGAGCAAGAGGACGAUAAGAAGCUCUUAGAGGCUGUGUAUGGCAUCGUCUUCUUCGGCGUUCCACACGACGGCAUGGAUAUCAGCUUUCUUAUCCCCAUGGUCGGAGACGGGCCGAAUCGCACUCAGGGCCGAGGUGAAUCCGAAAUUGUCUGUUUCUACGAGACGAUGCAAUCACCAACGGCUGAACAGGAUGAGAGUGGCAACUGGGCCAUGUCAGGACCGCUGAAGGUGCUCGUCACCAAAUCCUCAGCGACCCAUUGCCGUCCGUGGGAGGACGGACCGGAGCACAUCUGUGCCGUCGCGCGGUCACAUUCGGGCAUGGUUAAGUUUAGGCCCAAUGACCCCGAGUAUGAUAAGGCCUGCGAGAGGCUGAGGGGCCUUGCUCGACGGGCGGUGACGGGGCGUCGUCGACGGCAGGCACUUAACGCGAAGUUCCUUGUGCCAUACAAUAAGAAUCAAGACUUCGUCGGACGAUCCAACAUCUCAGAAGACCUCAAGCAGCAGCUGGGUUUCGGUCAGCGCCCUGGAGCCGCAGGGUCGCAACCCAGAGUGGCGCUGCACGGUCUGGGCGGAGUUGGAAAAACGCAAAUUGUCAACGCGGAGCGAUUCCGUCAGUCAUUUGCUUCCAUCGCGCAAGAAUGCCAAGUUCCCGGCCAUGAUGAUCCUAAAUCGGAUGUGCUGCCACUGGUGAAGGGAUGGCUGGGGAAAAAGGAAAAUGGGCGGUGGCUCAUGGUUCUCGACAACGCCGACGACGCGCAGCUCCUCUUCGGCGCUAUCGGUAGCGGCUCCAUGCUCGCGACAACCAGGAACAAGCAAGCAGCCGUGAAGCUGACCAAAUCGACCCGUAUCGUGGAGGUUCGCAAAAUGGACGAGGAGGAGUCGAUUGAGCUGCUCCAAACAAGACUUAAGGAAGAUGACAAGGCUACCUCUAGGGUCAACCCGAUUGAACUAUCAAUACUAUCCUCGCGCCUAGAGUACCUACCGCUCGCGCUCGUCCAGGCGGCUGCUUUCAUUCGGGAGAAUAGCGUUUCUAUCGAAUCGUAUCUCGGGCUGCUCAGCGAGAGUGACAAAAACAUCGUCGACCUGCUGAGCGCGGAGUUCGAGACGAUCGGACGGGACUCGGAGGCUCCACAGGCGGUAGCGCAGACGUGGAUGCUCUCGUUCCGACAGAUUAAGGAACAGGAUGCAUUAGCGGGCAAUUGUCUUUCGCUGAUGAGCUUGUUCGACCGGCAGGGCAUUCCGAUGUCGUUUCUGUCGCACUACGGUGCACAGGAACGCAACGGAGGUCCGAAGAACAAUCUGGAGCUGACAAAAUCUGUUGGGCUACUAAAGGCCUUCAGUCUCAUUUCAAAGGAGAAGAGCGGCAACCUGGACAUCCAUCGGCUGGUGCAGCUGGUGACUCGAAAGUGGCUCGUCAACGACGGCAAGAUGAGUGAGUUUGGGCGGGAAGCGCUGCUGACGGUAUCGCAAAUGUAUCCUUUUGGGAGGUUUGAGAACCGGACGGUGUGUAGGGAUGGGGAGAAGGCGAAGGCGUCCCUGCUUCAUUGCGUGGCGAGCUACUUUAAUUUCGAGGGAAAAUGGAGUGACGCAGAGAAACUUAGCGUAGAUGCUGUCGAGACCCGCAAGAGGGUGCUGGGCGAGGAGCAUCCCUCAACGCUGACCAGCAUGGCCAACCUCGCGUUGACGUACUCGAAUCAGGGGCGGUGGAAGGAGGCGGAGGAGCUCGGGGUGCAGGUGAUGGAGACCCGCAAGAGGGUGCUGGGCGAGGAGCAUCCCGACACGCUGACCAGCAUGGCCAACAUCGCGUCGACGUACCGGAAUCAGGGGCGGUGGAAGGAGGCGGAGGAGCUCGGGGUGCAGGUGAUGGAGACCCGCAAGAGGGUGCUGGGCGAGGAGCAUCCCGACACGCUGACCAGCAUGGCCAACCUCGCGUUGACGUACUCGAAUCAGGGGCGGUGGAAGGAGGCGGAGGAGCUCGGGGUGCAGGUGAUGGAGACCCGCAAGAGGGUGCUGGGCGAGGAGCAUCCCGACACGCUGACCAGCAUGGCCAACCUCGCGUCGACGUACUGGAAUCAGGGGCGGUGGAAGGAGGCGGAGGAGCUCGAGGUGCAGGAACUGGGUAUCUGCAAGAGGGUGCUAGGCGAGGAGCAUCCCGACACGCUGACCAGCAUGGCCAACCUCGCGUCGACGUACCGGAAUCAGGGGCGGUGGAAGGAGGCGGAGGAGCUCGGGGUGCAGGUGAUGGAGACCCGCAAGAGGGUGCUGGGCGAGGAGCAUCCCGACACGCUGACCAGCAUGGCCAACCUCGCGUUGACGUACUCGAAUCAGGGCGGUGGAAGGAGGCGGAGGAGCUCGGGGUGCAGGUGA